AUGAAGACAUUCAAACUCUCCAUACUUGGUGUUUUCACUAUUGCAAGCUUCGUACUUGCUCAAACUAGCCAGCAGGAGACACCCGCGGACUUUUGCAAGAGAACCGCAGGACCAAAUUACGUUCCUAAGAACGAUGCUUCAGGCGUAUUUCAAGGGGAGUGUACAGUUGCAGCUGUAUCCAUUUGUCUUGGUACCGAGUAUACGCAAGCUCAAACUGGAGCUACAGAGUGCUGCCUGCCUCCCAAUAACGUUCAAUCAGCAUCUGGAAAGCAAGGCUGCUGCCCUCCCGGGCAAAAUUUUAAAUGGGACGGCACUAAUCCUUCCUGCGUUACUCCACCACCUCCUCCUCCUGCCAUCUCCUGCCCAGCUUCAAACAUGAAAGUGGUCAAUCGCAACGGGCAGAACUUCAGAGUUUACUGUCAGCGUUCGGUAAUGGUGUACACAUAUCCUUGGUUAACCACCACAUCCUACGGCAUAUACCGGGCCAUACAAGGCCCUGAAUUGAGGACAAAUGAUUUUGAAACCUGCCUCAAUUUCCUAGCUGCUAACGGAAAGUCAAACGGAGCAAACUUCUGGCCUGCUCAGAGCUUGUGCAGUGUUGUUGAUACGCCACCCGGAAAUUUCUUCAAGGUGGGGAGUCGUUAUGAUGUCCCUCCUCCACCUUACAAUGGACCGCAGAUCAUCUCCAUGGUUGCCAUACCCAAACGUGCUUAUUAA